AUGGAGAACUGCAGGAAUUAUGAUGUUCCUCAUGGAGUCGAAAUCCGAGGGCAUUAUGACGAUGCUUAUGCCAGCAUCUUGAGCAAGGAGGCAUUGCAAUUCUUGGCCGAUUUGCAUAGAGAAUUCAGGCAGCCGGUCAAGUACAUAAUGGAGUGCAGAAAGCAAGCAAAAGAGAGGUAUAAUUCUGGUGAUCUUCCUGUGUUUGAUCCUGCUAGCCGAUGGAUAAGGGAGGGGAGCUGGGUAUGUGCACCGAUCCCUUCAGUCGUAGCUGACCGUAGAGUGGAGAUCACUGGUCCAGUGGAGCGGAAAAUGAUUAUCAAUGCACUCAAUUCUGGAGCUAAAGUUUUCAUGGCUGAUUUUGAAGACUCCCUCUCACCAACUUGGGAUAACCUCAUGAAGGGACAAGUCAAUCUGAAGGAUGCAGUCAAUGGAACCAUCAACUUCCAUGACGCUCAGAGAAACAGGCUUUAUAUACUGAACGAGGAGAGGGCAGUGCUUUUUGUGAGGACACGAGCGUGGCACCUGCCAGAGGCUCACAUCCUGAUAGAUAAUGAGCCCGCCACAGGCUGCCUUGUGGAUUUUGGCCUUUACUUCUACCAUAACUAUGCCAUUUUUAGAUCAACACAAGGCUCAGGCUUUGGACCUUUCUUCUAUCUGCCCAAGAUGGAGCACUCAAGGGAAGCAAGGGUAUGGAAGUCGGUAUUUGAGAGAGCAGAGGAAGUAGCUAAUAUUCCAAGAGGAAGCAUCAAAGCAACUGUUUUAAUCGAGACACUUCCAGCAGUGUUUCAGAUGGAUGAAAUACUGUACGAGUUGAGAGAACACUCCUUAGGACUCAACUGUGGAAGAUGGGACUACAUCUUCAGCUAUGUCAAAACCUUUCAAGCACACCCAGACCGUCUGCUUCCUGACAGAGUCCAAGUUGGCAUGACACAGCACCUAAUGAAGUCAUACUCGGACCUCCUUAUUUACACAUGCCAUAGGAGAGGCGUGCAUGCAAUGGGUGGCAUGGCAGCCCAAAUUCCAAUUAAGGAUGAUGAUGUUGCAAAUGAAGCAGCACUGGAGUUGGUCUUCAAGGACAAAUUACGAGAAGUUCAUGCAGGACAUGAUGGCACAUGGGCUGCUCAUCCAGGCCUGAUACAGCUGGUAAUGGAGGUUUUCAAUAACAACAUGAAAAAUGGACCAAACCAAAUUGAGAUCAAGAAGCGUGAAGACUCCUCUGGAAUUACAGAAGAUGACCUGCUCCAAAGACCUCGGGGGACACAAACUGUCGAUGCUCUAAGACUCAAUGUACGUGUUGGUAUACAGUAUCUGGCAGCGUGGCUCAGUGGGACGGGAUCUGUACCACUGUAUCAUCUCAUGGAAGAUGCUGCAACUGCAGAAAUCUGCAGGGUCCAGAACUGGCAGUGGAUUAAACAUGGUGCAGUCUUGGAGGGUGAAGGCCGCAUAAAAUUGAAGGCUACCAUGGAAUUGUUCGAAAGAGUGGUGAAAGAGGAGAUGGCAAGGAUAGAGAGAGAAGUUGGCCACGAACGUUUUGCAGAGGGGAUGUUUAGAAAGGCAUGUAACAUUUUCACUAGACAGUGCACCACUCCAACCCUUGAUGAUUUCCUUACAUUAGAGGCCUACAACCAGAUAGUACAGUUUCAUCCUGAUGCAUGUUCAAAACUUUAA